GUAGGAUCUGCAUACUUUACCUCAGUAAUUUUUACCCCGCUCACAGGAAAACUGAUUGGGUUGACGAGUGCUAAAUCUGUAUUUGUUUACGGAUCCCUUGUCUGCGGUCUUGGAAACCUGGGUUUUGGAUUUGUUUCCUAUAUUGAAGAUGGGGGAAUAUAUUUCUGGAUGUCCUUAUUAUUUCGUAUAAUUGCUGCUGUAGGAGAAUCUGUGGUUGCACCAACUGCUUACCCUUUAGGAGCACAACAGUUUUCGGAAAAAAAUCAAGGGAAAGCUAUUUCAGUAGUUGAGUGCUGCUUUGGAAUAGGGAUGGUAUUUGGUCCAUCACUAGGUGGAGUAAUGUACAACGCUUUCGGAUUCUCAGCUCCAAUUUGGUUAUUAGCAGCACUUUUACUCUUAAUAUUCGGCACAUCAGUUAUCUUCUUGGAGAAGAGAAUAAAAACUCAACUGAACACUAAAGAAGAGACCCUGUGGAGGGACCUGUUCAUGUGUCCUGGACUGAUUCCAAAUGUCAUUGGAUUAAUUAUUGCUGGAACAGCAUACAAUUGGUAUUCAGCGUCACUAGAACCUUACCUUGUACAACAAUUUGGUUUUAACGCUGGACAAGUUGGAUUGAUACUGGUUGGAUUUUCUUGUGCUUACACCUUCCUUGCUCCACCGUUUGGUGUUCUCUUCGACUGGGGAUUAUCCCCGCUAUAUGCAGCACUCAUGGGGAAUGGUGUUAUCAUGCUAUCCAUGUUUUUAUUAGGGCCUAUCCCUGGACUAGAUGAUCUAAACAAUAUCCCUGUAAAAGCUACAGCUCUGGUUCUGCAUGGAGCUGGAACAUCUUGUACUUAUCUAGCAGCUCUCCUAGGAAUGGUUGAGAGUAUUAAAGCUGGGGGACUACCUCAAACAGAGCAAACAACAGGAAUGGUGACUAGUGUAUGGUUAAUGAGCCUAAGCCUGGGAGCUUUCCUUGGAUCUUUGAUUGGAGGAUAUUUAUACGAUAUUAUUGGGUUUUCUUGGCUCUGCUCAGUGGAAGGGAUAGCAGUUGGAUUAACUACAAUAUGCUUGGUGGGAGCUGCACUUCUUGGAAGAAAGACAGAUGAUAACUAUCAAUCAUUUGAAUAGUUAGGUUCCACGCCAGACUAAAGUAAAUUGCACUUUAACUUGAAAUCAUAUUUGUUUUCAAACAUAACUAUCUUGUUGCAGAGCUAUUGAGAAGAACAAGCAUAUUUUAAAUUUUCCAAUAUGACGGAUAAGUUUGCUAUUCUUGUCAAAUCAAAACAAAGGAGCUAGCUACAAGGUUACAAAGUCGUAUUAUUAAUUUCGCGUAAUUUUAUCUUAUCCUUCUAUCAAGUUCAGUUGUGUAUUUGAUGCUGUUAAUUUACCUUAGGUCGAAAUUAAGAAUUUGAGCCGCGGCUUAAAUUUGAGACUCGGCUCA